AUGAAGUUUAUUGGCUUAACUGGAGGAAUUGCCUCGGGAAAAUCUACUGUUAGUAAGCUUCUUUUGGAAGAAAAGGUUCCAGUGAUUGAUGCAGACCUAAUUGCGAGAGAAAUCGUCAAGCCCGGAAGACGAUCCAACAAACUAAUCCGAAAGCAUUUCGGCGACAGCGUGUUUUUAGCCGAUGGAAACAUCGAUCGCCCCAAACUCGGUGACAUAAUCUUCAAGGAUCCUCACAAGCGUAGCAUUCUCAAUCAAUGCACACAUCCCUAUGUUCGGCUCGAGAUGGCCAAACAGGCGCUAUUGCACUGGUUUAAGGGAGCCGAUCGUGUUGUAUUUGAUGUCCCACUCUUGUUUGAGAGUAAAUUGGAUCAUUUUAUGGGAACUAACAUUGUUGUGUAUUGUUCAGAGCCUCUUCAACUUCAACGACUCAGAAAUAGGGAUGGAUUAACGGAAGAACAGGCUUCUAAUCGCAUUCAAUCCCAGAUGCCAUUAAGCGAAAAAGUCGAGAAAGCUGAUAUUGUUUUGGACAACUCGAGCGAUGUUUCCCAACUUAAGACACAAGUGCGAAACAUGAUUCGCAAGACAAAGCCAUCUACAGCAGUCUGGUUGGCCGAAUACAUCAGUCCGGUAGCUUUGGUAGCUCUUUCGAUUGUUGGCAUACAUCGGCUGGCUCAUUAUUUGGGACCUUAUUUGAAUACCCUGUUUGAAAGAAUAUUAUUAAAACACUAGAAAAAAAAAGAAUUAAGGAAGAAAAGAAUAGCUAAAUGUAAAUACAAAAGCCAUAUUUUUGAAAGCUUUUCGUUGAAUUUAUUGAGAUUUAAUCGUAUUCUUAAUAGAAAAUAUGAUUGCUUUUAUUUAUACAUCAU